AUGAGAUUAAUUCAAUCUGCAUAUAUAGGAACAGAUCCUGGAGUAUAUUCUAGUAUUAUAUGUAAAUUGAUAUGGUUUCUUCUAAAUUCAAUAAGAGCAUCAUGCGUUUGGUUAAUUGUUCUGGCUUGUGCUGAUCGAUAUUUUUGUAGUUCAACAUCGACUAAUCAAAGAGCAUGGAGUAAUAUCCGUGUGGCCAUUCGAUCUAUUUCAUUUACUAUUCUACUCUGCUUUAUUGUUUAUAUUCAUGUGCCUAUCUUUUUCAAAGUCAAUACUAUUCCAGCCACUAACCAAACUGUGUGUUAUCCUUCAGGUCCACCAGGAACGUAUCGUCUAUUUUUGUCAUAUUUCAAUCUAAUUUUCUUUGGUUUGUCUCCAUCUUUGAGCAUGUGUACUUUUGCUAUGCUCAUGAUGCGAAAUAUAAAGAAAUGCAGACAACUGCGUGUAUCAACUUUAACUAAUGUAAAUAACGUAGUUAAUAAGAACAGACAACAAAUAGAUAGACAAAUGAUUCGAAUGUUACUUAUUCAAAUACUUGUCUAUAGUGUAGCAGGUAUUGCAUUUUCUGUUGCAUGGAUCGUCCUCGCAAUGAGCUCGACUCAAUCAAAAAAUAUUGUUCAGGUUGCUCAAGAAAAUUUGAUUAAUGCGAUCGUCGGCAUGUGUUCCAAUACGGGUCCUUGCUUAAGCUUUUAUCUUUUCACAUUAUCAAGUAAACUUUUUCGUAAAGAGCUGAACAAUCUUUUCAAUAGAUUUAUCAAGAAAAAUAACCAGUUAAAUGCUGAUCAAGACUAUGGCAGAGCAGUAACUAUAACAAAACCUUAUUUAACUGUAAAAUAG